GUGCCUUUCACGUGACCCAGCAGUAGGGGCCCAGCAGUGUACAGUAGCAGGCUGCAGGCAGAGGAAGAAGCAGCGGUACGGAUCCAAGUGCUCUAUGGAAUCCCCGAGGCCGGUUGAAAAGGCGGGCCGGCUGACGUAAUGACGUUACCGGGAGAAGCGGCUCUCCUGUGGGCUGUCAGCUGAUGGAGAGGAGUCCCUGCUUCUCCUCUCUCAGACACAAACUGGGAUCAGAUGAGGAGGAUGUGGAGCACAGAAAGGAGACAAUGAUGAUACUUGGAAUGAAUACCUGCCUGUUUUAUAAGUUUACAAGAUAAGGCGCGUUUUUGUUUUUUCUUUUUUGGGGGGGUUGAUGCUUGUUUUGCUCAGCUGAUAGGAGUCUCAACUUUACCCUGGUGGAUAUCUAAAUAUAUUUUUAGGCACUUUCAUUUGGUGCCUUCUCUCCGAAACAGCACGUACUUGGUAGCAUCACAUCAAAAAUGACCUGAGUGCCUUUUUUUGUGUGUGUGCCACCUCAUUUGGCUACAUAACAUCAUUAAUCCAGCAAUGCUAAAAUCCACCUGUUUUUUGACCUCACCUGUGCUUUCUGGGGAAAGUUUUUAUUGAUCGCCUUUAGUCACUAUUCCAGAUCCCCAAGUAAAAGCACCAGUACUAUGCACCGUUGUCGCUGUCUCAUUUCUGACACGGAACUGGUAACCUCAAAGGAGGAGACGUGCUGAUAACAGUAGUUGUCCUCUCCGAAGAACCUCCCUAAGGGUACUUUUUAUUCUGGGAGUGUAGAGAGCUGCAGGCAUGUUCGCUGCUGUGGAGCAUGGCCCAGUCCUGUCCAGUGACUCCAACAUCUUAUGUCUGUCCUGGAAGGGCAGGGUGCCCAAGAGUGAGAAGGAGAAGCCGGUAUGCAGAAAGCGUUACUAUGAAGAGGGCUGGCUUGCCACCGGGAACAGCCGAGGAGUGGUUGGGGUUACGUUUACAUCCAGCCACUGCAGACGAGACCGGCCCACCCCACAGAGAGUAAACUUUAACCUCAGAGGGCAUAAUAGUGAGGUGGUAUUGGUGCGUUGGAAUGAGCCUUUCCAGAAACUGGCCACAUGUGACACAGAUGGAGGCAUUUUUGUUUGGAUCCAGUAUGAGGGCCGCUGGUCUGUGGAGCUCGUCAAUGACCGAGGAGCUCAGGUGAGUGACUUUACCUGGUCCCAUGAUGGGACCCAGGCUCUUAUCUCCUAUCGUGAUGGCUUCGUCCUGGUGGGCUCUGUCAGUGGGCAAAGACACUGGUCCUCUGAGAUCAACCUGGAAAGCCACAUUACCUGUGGUAUCUGGACCCCAGAUGAUCAGCAGGUGUUGUUUGGUACUGCAGAUGGACAGGUGAUAGUGAUGGACUGCCAUGGGCGCAUGCUGGCCCAUAUACUGCUGCAUGAGUCAGACGGUAUUGUCAGCAUGUCGUGGAACUACCCCAGCUUCCUGGUAGAGGACAGCAGUGAGAGCGACACAGAUUCUGAUGACUACCCCCCACCACAAGUGCACAGCCAGAAACCACUGCUGACAGUCAGCUUCACCUCUGGAGACAUCAAUCUGAUGAACAGCUACGACGACCUCUCCCCCAUCCUCAUCCACACUGCUCUGAAAGAUGUGGUGGUCCAGUGGUGCUCACAGGGGGAUCUACUAGCAGUGGCAGGGAUGGAGAGGACCCUCCUUUCCACUGACACCUCCUGUCCUCCACCCAGCAGGAACGCCAUUGUCAAGUUCUACAAUGUUCGAGGCGAACACAUCUACACACUGGAUACACCAGCACAGCGCCCCAUCACUACGCUCUGCUGGGGUCACCGGGACUCUCGUCUGUUCUUGGCAUCGGGCCCAGUGCUCUACGUCGUGCGAGUUGAGCACCGCGUCGCCACACUGCAGCUGCUGUGCCAGCAGGGCAUUGCCACAGCGUUAAAGGAGGAAAAAGACGUUGCCAAGCUCACCAUGCCUUCCCGACUCUGUUCUUAUGUCACUGCCGCUUUUGUUCCCACCAUCAAGCCUCCCAUCCCAGACCCAAACAACAUGAGAGAUUUUGUGAGCUAUCCGACAGCUGGAAACGAGCGUCUGCACUGCACCAUGAAGCGUACGGAGGAUAACCCUGAAGUGGGAGGGCCUUGCUAUACUCUGUAUCUGGAGUACCUAGGAGGUCUGGUCCCUAUCCUCAAGGGCCGAAGAAUAAGCAAACUUCGGCCUGAGUUUGUUAUUAUGGAUCCCAAGACAGACGGCAAAACAGAUGAGAUAUACAGCAACAGUCUGAUAUCAGCCAUGAUUGACAGCUGUAACUGUUCAGACUCCAGCGACAUUGAGCUGAGUGAUGACUGGGUUGGCAAGAAAUCGCCAAAGAUAUCCAGGGGUAGCAAGUCCCCCAAACUUCCCAGGAUCAACAUUGAUCCCAGAAAAUCUCCCAAACUCUCCCGUGCUACGCAGGAGAUCUCCAGGUCACCUCGGUUACCCAUACGUAAACCCUCAAUUGGGUCUCCCAGUCUAACACGGAGGGAAUUUCCUCUAGAUGACAUCACUCAGCAAAAUUACCUUGCUCAGGUCACAUCCAAUAUUUGGGGAACAAAGUUCAAGAUAGUGGGGCUGGCUACUUUUUUACCCACCAAUCUCGGUGCAGUUAUCUACAAGACAAGCCUCCUCCAUCUGCAGCCCAGACAGAUGACCAUCUACCUGCCAGAGGUGCGGAAAAUCUCCAUGGACUACAUCAACCUCCCUGUCUUCAGCCCCAAUGUUUUUAGCGAGGAUGAAGAUGACCUGCCUGUUUCAGGCCCUACUGGCGGUGCUGAUGACAACCCACCCUGCACUGUCAACAUCCCUAUUGCCCCCAUCCAUAGUCCAGCCCAGGCCAUGUCCCCUGCCCAAAGCAUUGGUCUGGUCCAGUCACUCCUAGCCAAUCAGAAUGUUCAGUUGGAUGUCCUAACCAAUUCCACGGCAACCUCUACUGGAGGGGCUGCUGGUGGGUCAGACCAAAGCCAGGACACCAUCUUGACAGCCCAGUACACAGUACCGACCAGGUACUCGAGUCCUGGUCAGGUCAUAUUUGGGGGACUGGAAGUAGGUCGCCUAGUGGUUGGACCGCCACCUUCUCAUCAUCCUUCACAACAACAACAACAGCAACAACACCCAACAGUAGGGGGCGAGCACGAACACUUACUGAAGAUCAAAACUACUCGGUCACCUCCACAGCUGGCUGAGGGUGACACGGUGGUGUUCAGUGCCCCUCUAGAGCUAAGCAAGAUGAACCCCCCACCCCCCUACCCUGGGACAGUGGCUGCUGCUGUGGCUGCUGCUGCUGCUGCCUCGGUAUCAGCUUCCGCUGCAUCUUCCAGUGCUGCGUCUGGAUUAGGAGGGGGCGCCAGUGGAACUCCUCCCGCUGGAGACCUUUGCAUGAAGAAGGGUGAGUUUCCACUUCAUCCUUCAGGCCAGCAACAAGCUCAGUAUCCAACACCGCUGGGCUAUGAGAGGAUAACGACAUUUGACAGCAGUGGGAAUGUGGAAGAAGUAUGUCGUCCUCGAACACGCCUGGUCUGCAAUCAGAAUGUCUACACGCUCCAAGGACCUGGCAGCUCCGCCACUCUCAGGGUAACCUCGUCUUCAUCCUCCUCCUCGGCUGACAAGAAGCUGCAGCUGCCCUACACCUCUGCUACCCUCAACAGACUCACUGCACCUCGCUAUUCUAUACCCAGUGGAGACCCGCCUCCGUACCCUGAUUCAGCUAAUCAAAACAGCUCUGCUGGCAGGAAUCCUGGACAGAGGCUUGACAGCAGUUUGAUCCACGCCACCCUCAGGAGGAACAGCCGAGAGGCAGCCCUCAAAGUUUCCCAGAUGCUGGAACCACCUAGACCACUCCCUCCCAAGGCGAAAAACAGUACUGCACUAGCAGCCUCGUUCCAGCAGAGGGUGCCAACAGCCUUAUACACCUGUAGUCAGUGUAGCAGUGGAUCUAGUGUUGGAGGCACUGCCCCAGGGAGUGCUAAUGGAAUAGCGGGAGGAACUAUUAUCAGACAAGAUUUUCCUCCAGGCAACGGAGCACCGCACAGCACAGUCAUUGUUCAUUCAAACAGUGCUACUCCUCUGGCCUCCCAGUCCUCUUAUAAUCUGAUGAGUUCACUUGAAGUGUCUGGAGCUGCAGCAGGGGUAAGCGGCAGAGAUAGGGCUGAUUACGUUAAUUCAGCAUUCACAGAGGAUGAGACACUGAACCAAUCAUUGAGGCAUCUGGCACUAGGAGGAAGUGAUGCAUCAGGGCUGGUGGUCAAGCGCCCACCUCCCUAUCAGUGGGAUCCAGCAUCCACAGAGGAGGUGUGGGUUCCUCAGGAACGGACAGCGACUUUAAACUCCACUGCCCCCCCUGUACCACACAAACCACCUCCCCUUAUUCUUAGCCCAGCUCAGCACUUGGAUGUAACCAGGCUGCCUUUUGUCCUUUCUCCAAAGUCCCCCACAAGUCCUAGUGCUGCAUCAUUCCAAGCUGCUGCUGCUGCAGCAGCUACAGGCUACCAGAUCUCGCUCCAGUACCCCCCAGCAACUGCCUAUUCUGGAGCCCAGCUCCAACCCAUCCCAGGUUCUCCACGCCCCUGCGCCUCACCAAAGGAGGUGGUGGCACCUUUGCCCUUUUCACAACAGGAUGCAACCCUAGUGUUACCACCAGGUUAUUCUGCAAAUCUGGCCAACCUAGCCUGCUGCCCCCUCCCACCUAUGUACCCAGGAGGAAGUGCUUGUGCUGGGCUUCCCAUUCCUCCCAUUGCCCUCCACACACCCUGGGGUACUUACAAUUCUUGCCCACCUAUGACCAGUCCUGCAGUGCCACUACCACCCAAAGCCUCCCACCUGGCAGUAGACAAAAAUGUUCUCUCACCACCACCUCCUCCGCCACCACCACCUCCGCCACCACCAGCAGAGCUGCAGAGCCAUGGGGGAUUACAAGAGGCCAUGACAGAGGCUGGGGAGAGUUUUCAGGAGGUGCUCUCCUUGACUGAGAGCCCUGUACCGCAGCGAUCGGAGAAGUUCAGUAAGAAGAACCGCAAGCGCGUGGACGGUCGGGCUGAGGAAGCUAAUGUGCCGCCACUGGCCGAAGGGAGCAAAUCCAAAAAAGAGGGCAGAGCCCUGGGUGAUUUCAAUUCUCUCAUUUCCAGUCCACGGUUGGGAGGAAGAGACAAGAAGAAGAUCAAGGGACAGAAAGAGCAACAGUUGAAGGCUAAGAAGCUGAGUAAAGCCACUGCCAAUAGUGAGUUCCAAGAUAGUUCAGAAAGUGAGCCAGAGCUAUUUAUCAGUGGGGACGAGCUGCUCAAUCAGUGCCAGAGCAGUAAAAAGGGUUGGAAGAGUAAGAGGAACUUGAGGGCUGCCAGUGAGCUGGAUGAGAUCAAGUGUCGAAAAGCCAAUGAGAAGGAGGACAGAGGGCUUGGCAGCCAGGGCUUUGUGUAUGUCAUGGCCAACAAGCAGCCACUGUGGAAUGAAGCCACGCAGGUAUACCAGCUGGACUUCGGUGGCCGUGUCACCCAGGAGUCCGCCAAGAACUUUCAGAUUGAACUGGAGGGGAGACAGGUGAUGCAGUUUGGCAGAAUUGAUGGCAAUGCCUACAUCCUGGACUUCCAAUAUCCCUUCUCUGCUGUGCAGGCCUUUGCAGUAGCUUUGGCCAAUGUUACUCAACGCCUCAAAUGAGAUGUCUCCUCCCUAUUUACCCUGAGUUGUGGGCUUUAGAUGCAGUCUGUUGAAGGGGGUACAGCUGUUUCAUUUGAGAAUCAUAAACUCUUGGAUUGGAUUCUGGAGACGAGGACUAAAAUAAGCCCUGGCCAUAGAGAGAAAUACAAUCACGCUGCACUACACAAUGCUGCCACUAGUGUUGGUGCAAAAGCAUCGAUUGCAUUUAUGAAGGAUGCCGUCAGACCUGCUCCGUUCGGCAGUUGCCGGCACCCUGCAGUGCAUGUAGGGCCAAAGAGCUGAGCUUUGGUAAAUCAUCAUGCAAAUAAAUGCUGCUUUAGCUAGGAGAAGCUUAUAGAUGUGAUAACCAAUUGGUUAAGAGAGAGAGAGAGAGGAAUUGCUAUGGUGCAGUUUUCAAAAGAAGCAGCAGUAAUACUUGAAAAACACACUCUGGAGAUCAAACUUGUUAUCCCUAGAGCGCACAGGUACUACUGGGCACUGAAAUCCAUUGCUGUACAAACCUUUAGUGAAACAGUUACCACUUUAUUAUACUGCUUUUGCUUUUAGGAUUUUCUUAAAAGACUAAACACAGUGGAGGGUAGGAGGGUCUUUUUUUGUUUUUGCUCUCUGCCCUUUCCUUUUGUUACUGUUGCAGCCUGUCUGGGCUGGAAAUGAGGUUUAGAUAUAUGCAUUAUUUUGGAACACUACUAAGAGUUCAGGCUUUUCACUGUUGUGAAAAGUGGGCCACUGUUACAAUAUCUGAAAGGUAAAGACCUGCAGUCCACGUGCUGCUUUGAAGGAAGAAGAAAUGUUACUCUAAUUUAUAUGUACAUGUUGUUUAUCGAUUCAGAUAGAAAUCUUAACAUUAUUGUCAUUGUUGUGUUACAUAAUCCUCACACAGCUUUCUUACCUGAUUUAUUUGGGAGACUGAGUUUGAAUAUUACUGUGUAGUCAGGAGAAUUCAGGUCAUAGCAGUGUACAGACGUAUCCUGUACUAUCCUGUACUGGUGACAUGGGCGCCAAAGAAGUGGCCAAGGCCGAGACUGAACAAUUUAAGCUCUGGCAUGAAGUGAUUUGUCACCUGAUGUCACUUCUGUGAAGUGAGUAUGUAGUUGUUGUUGUUUUGGGGGGGCUGUCCCUUCUCUUAAAGACCACACUAAACAUCCUAGUAAGGUACAUGAAAUAUUUUUGUAUAUUUCACUUAUGCCAUUUCAUACUCCUUUCAGAACUCAUGUAAAUACAUAUCAGUCAAAUGUACAAUGUUGUAAAGAGACUUAGGUGGCAGAUUUCUGUUUACACUUGUCUCCACUGUGUGUAAGUGUAAUUCCACAUGUGGAGGAGAGCUGUAGUACUGUUUUAACUAAGCAGCCAGGACCAUAGAGAGCAGUUAAGUUGAUCUUACCAUCACUGAAACUCUAAAGUCUGGUCUCCGACGGAGAAUGAAGCUACGAGAUCUGCCCGUUCAGUAAGCUGACUUUGAAAUCUGAAAAGCUGUUUUGUUUUGGGGUUUUUGUUUUUGUUGUUGUUGUUGUUGUUGCUGUUUGAGGCAGGGAAGCUUUUGUUUGUGAUCAGCUAAGGACAAAGAACGAGGCCAGCUGGAAGAACUAUGGGCAGCAGUAAAUUAUUCAUUCACGGUGCAAAUAUGUGCAUUAGAUGACAGCCAAAAAUCACAGAGAGAAACGGGAAUGUUGAGUGCUCAGUGAAAUUGGGAAGGUGUGAUGGCAUACCACCUCAAAUAUUUGUGCCAAAAUAUAGACUUCUGAAAAUCUCAAGCUGAAACAAACAGGCCUAUUGGGAAGUGUAACUUCUUUACUUUGGACCAGCUCUGCUUGGUCUCUGAUUUGAUGAGAUUAUUAGAUUUUUUUUUAUUUUAUUUUUUCUCAUAUUUAAAAAAGAAAAAAACAAAACAAGCAUGUCUGUUGGGAAGUGGGUUGUAGAGAUGUGGACUGAGGAGAAAAAUAAAUGGUCUCCUGAUCUUGAAAACGAGCAUGUCGUAAAGAAAACUUUUUUUUUUUUGUUAGUUGUGCAAUAUUUUCUUUAACAAAAAAACCUUUGUCAUUUCUUGUGACCACAGUUUGUUACCUUUUUACUUUAGCAUCUCAGUUGCUGGUCUGUACAUCUUUAUUUAUGAGAUUGUUCCUCAAUGUAGAUCAAGUAUACAUACUGUAUAUUGUGAAGUUUUUUUCCCCCAAACAUUUCUUUGUGUUGGGGGGGGGGUUUACAAGUAUAGCCCAAGUUAUGAGAUGGAAAUGCAGGGAUUGGGUUUGAGGGAUGGGAACAGGUGACUUUUUGAUGUUUUGUGAAGUUUGCAUUGGUGGAAAAGAUGUGAAUGAGUAAGUGCCCGGUUUAUUGUAGUUUGUAGACUAGUUAUGUAGAGUGUAAAUGUCAAGUCAUGGUGUGUCUGUAUUCAGCUGUGCAGUCUACCAGCCCCAUCAGUGUUGAAUCUAUCCUCUUCAACCAUGUGUGGUCAUGACUUCCUGCACAUACACACUCAUUCAUCUUUCACAGGAGUUCACAAGUGUAAGCCACUGAGUUCACGUUCAGCGUUGCUAAUGGACUUGGUUAAGGGUUCACUUUAAACUGAUGAUGACCUGUUGUAGAUAUUGUAGGAUUUGGCUUUUCUCUAGAAAAGAUCUGUGCUUUGUAUUUGUAGCUGUAGAGUUAAAUGACAAAAAAAAAACAACUUGGGGGAAAAAGUCAGAGUCUGACUUGGUGACUGAACGUUUAUAGUGAAUGGAUAGUAAGGCAUGCCAUGUAAAUUAUUUUAUAAUUGUAUAUGUCACGCAUCUUUUGAAUAAAAUGUCAUUGUUUCAGAAAAACACUGGUUUCGUCUUAAAUAUACAUAAAUAUACUGCAAAGCUCCAAGGAGCCAGACUUUCUUGUAAUUUUUUGUGCUCUUAAGCAAUAGUCCUCCAGGUUUCUGAAGGUUCGUCCAAGUUGUUGUUGUUGGGUUUUUUUGGACAUAGGCUGCUUUUUCAUUCAUUUUCAGUCCAGUCCUUGUACCUGACAAUUUUCAGAGGGAUGUUUGUUUGGUUGAUAAGCCACUUAACACUUCUCUAUGGAUCAUUCAAGCUUAAAACAGGAACCUAAAUGGCGGGAUGAACCAGUGUUGUGUCUAUAUAGCAAACAACUUAGAACUUAA